CUCACCCCCGCUACCAUGUCGGUCCUCCAGCCCUUCGCGCUGCGCGGGCUCGUGUCGCGCGCGCUGCGCCCGUCGCAGCAGGCCGCGCCGUCGCUCCUCCGUGGCUUGCGCACCUCCGCACCGGCAUUCAACCGCCCCGUCCUGCGCCCUACCACCACCUCGCGCGCCGCACCCCCGGCCGCAGGGUCGUUCUUCGCCCAGUCGUACCUCCCCUUCUCGGCCUCGGCGCGCGCGUCCUUCUUCACGCCGCGCGCGUACGCUACCGAGUCGGCCGCCCCGCCCCAGCCCCAGUCCAAGGACACGGCGGCGGACGCCGUCGCCGACGUGCGCGUCAUCCCCAAGUCGCUGCCCAUCUGGCUGCUCGGCUGCUCGGCCCUCGUGUUCGGCAUCAUCGUCAUCGGCGGCCUCACGCGCCUCACCGAGUCUGGUCUUUCGAUUGUCGAGUGGAACCCCAUCACUGGUAUGCGCCCGCCCAUCUCUGACGCCGAGUGGGACGCCGAGUGGGAGAAGUACAAGCUGUCGCCUGAGGGCAUCAUGAUCAACGCAAACAUCACGCGCGAGGAGUUCAAGUUCAUCUUCUUCAUGGAGUGGGCUCACCGUCUUGCCGGCCGCGCGCUCGGCGUCGUCUUCGUCGUGCCCGCCAUCUACUACUGCUCCCGGUAUAAGCUCCCCCGGGGCCUCCCGACCACGCUCUUGGCGCUCGCGGCCGGUAUCGGCCUCCAGGGCGUGCUCGGCUGGUACAUGGUCAAGUCGGGCCUCGAGCAGGAGAUUGUCGAGAACAAUGCCGUCCCCCGCGUGUCGCAGUACCGUCUCGCCGCUCACCUCUCCGCCGCCCUCGCGCUCUACGUCGGCAUGGUCCACACCGCCUUCUCGCUCCGCCGUGACCAGAAGCUCGCUGCCCAGGCGCGCUCUGGCCCCGCCGGCCUCGCUGCCGUUGAGAAGCUCGCUACCGCCCUCAACUCGCCCGCUGUCAAGAAGUUCCGCGGCUUCAUCGGCGUCAUUGGCGCCAUGGUCUUCCUCACUGCUGUCUCGGGUGCCUUUGUGGCUGGUCUUGACGCCGGUCUCGUCUACAACGAGUUCCCCACCAUGGGUGGCAAGCUCAUCCCGGACACUGACGAGCUUUUUGACAAGCGCUACGCCAAGGCCGCCGACAAGUCGGACAACUGGUGGCGCAACAUGCUCGAGAACCCCGUCACUGCCCAGUUUGACCACCGUGUUUUGGCCAUCACCACCUUCACCUUCCUUGUCGCCCAGCACCUGAUUGCCCGCCGCCCCGUUCUCCGUCUCGGCCCCAACGCCCUCCCCCGUUCGUCCCAGCGCUGGUCGGCCUGGACUGCCGCUGCCGCCCUUGGCCAGGUCACCCUCGGUAUCACCACCCUCCUUUACCUCGUCCCCAUUCCGCUUGCCGCCGCCCACCAGGCCGGCUCGGUCGUGCUCCUCACUUGCUUGAUGGGUCUGGCCGCGUCGAUGCGCCGCCCUGGCCGUGCCCUCAACGCCAUGCGCCAAGCGGUCAAGCAGCAGCAGGCGCCCAAGGCUCCUCCCAAGGCAUGACCCAGCAACCCGCUCGCGUCAUCCAGGCUGUAGGAUAGAAGGGAAAAUACAUUGUAAUAGACCACCACCCCACCACACACUACUCAUUAGCAUUGAAGAAUCUUGGUACUACUCGCAUGAACCAAAGUAAUUGCUUC